AAGGAAAACCUUGUAUAAAGAUACGGUUUGCCUGCUGUAGGGAUUUGAUUCCACAAUCUCAUAAAUGUGCUCCUGGCUGUUCUGUGUACUCCAAAAGGAAGCGAAGAACUUCAAUUUAUUCUGCUCCUUUAAAGUAUUGACAUCCUCUGCCUUCCAAGUAGCCCAUACUAUGCAUGCAGGAGAGCUAUCAAUGUCUUGUUAUGUCCACACCUAAGCCUUCCUGAUCUACAUGCUGCUAAGCACCUCUUCCCACUCCCUGUUGCAUAGCUCACUCAUGCUUAGCACAUUCAACAUCAGUGCAUCAGUAGUAGAAUGAUAAAUGUAUUCCCCUGCCUCUUUAUCCACAAAGUAUUCAGGACUUAAUAUUUAUAUUGGAACAGCUGCUGAGAGGAGUUUCUACUUUUAUGCAAGAGAUGCUUGAGACUGCAUCGAUCUUGAAAGGAGCUACUGAUAGAUCAUUGAUUAUAAUUGAUGAGUUGGGCCGUGGGACAUCAACCUACGAUGGCUUUGGUUUAGCUUGGGCUAUUUGUGAGCACAUUGUUGAAGAAAUUAAAGCACCAACAUUGUUUGCCACUCACUUUCAUGAGCUGACUGCAUUAGCCAACAAGAAUGGAGACAAUGGACAUAAGAAAAAUGCUGGGAUAGCAAAUUUUCAUGUUUUUGCACACAUUGACCCUUCUAAUCGCAAGCUAACUAUGCUUUACAAGGUUCACCCAGGUGCUUGUGAUCAGAGUUUUGGUAUUCAUGUUGCUGAAUUUGCAAAUUUUCCACCGAGUGUUGUGGCCCUGGCUAGAGAAAAGGCAUCUGAGUUGGAGGAUUUCUCUCCUAUUGCCAUAAUUCCAAAUGACAUUAAAGAGGUAUUUUCAUUUGGUUACCUUCCUAUGCUCAUCGCGAAAAUCAAUAAAAAUUCUGCUUCCUUAUCUUUUUUAAUUUAGGGUCAUGUCUACACCCUGUCUAGAGGCAUUUUUAUAUCUUACCUGUUUUAAGAUUAUCAAAUGGGUUUAGAUAUAGGUGAUAAUGUAAAAAUGCUUGCUCUGCUAUUUAAGCACUUGGUAAUCUUAAUGUUUUGAAUCCCAUUUGAUGCUUUUGAAUGGUCAAUGGCAGUGGCGGACCCAGUAUUUUGUGCAAGCGGGUUUAA